CUUCCAACGUUUUGCUAGUUGGUUGGAGAUGAGCAUGUCUCAGGCAUUUCUUUCCCAUAGUCAUCCCCAGAGCUUAGCCUCCUGUGUAGCUAAGGUUGUGGGUAUCAGCCACAAUUCUAGAUUUUUUUUUUUAGGGGGGAGGGUCAGUUAGUACGUGAAAAUAACUAGCAAAUAUUAUCAUCCACUUAAGAAAUAUCUGGUAGCGUUCCCUUUUAAGACUUUGUGUUCGUUUUACAAAAUAAAAUUUGUAACCUGUGUUUGGCUCCUAUUAAGCUUAUCCAAGCAUUUUUAUUUGAGUGACUUUAAGCUUCUUUGGUAGGAGGGAGAAAGAGGGAGCAAAUCUGACUUAAUAUAGCAGUUCUUAAGGGAGACACUAGUAUCACAACAUUCAAGGAUAUGUAGGUAGCCAUUUUUGUGUCCCGUUGUUUCCAUUAGCCACUGCCUAAUGCCUAAUUGAGAAAGGCUUGAUGUGACACAAAAAGUACAAUUUGACAGGUCUAGGAUUUCAUUACAGAGUUGUCAAUAACUUAAAUAUUUCUAAAAUUAUUGCCCAGCAUCAUGACACCUGUUAAGUCCUAAGUGUUAAUCCUUUUGUAGUAUAGAAAAUCCUUGAAUUUUCAAUGAAUGUUGUGUAAUCAGUGCUUCACCUUUUUGUUAUUUAUUACUUUGAAUAUAGAUCCCAUUAAAACUAUAGCAAUGUAGACAGGAGUUCUCUCAAUUUGAAUAAUGAAAAACAGGAAGAUGAGCCUGAGCCCAUUAACUCAAUUUCCAGAUUGGUUCCCUUAAAAGAGAGGUGAACUAAAUCUGUUUAACAGAAGAAUUGAAAAUGGUGAGUUAUUUUUAAGAAAAAUGAGUAAAACCACUCAUUUUGAAACAGCGAUGGCAAAAUCAAACACGAAACACAGAAUUUAUUCUCAGGAAUCUUCAGUAUCAUCUCUCCUGGCAAGCUGUGGUCUGGGUAGCAGUAAUUCCUCCAACUCUGAUGGCUCUUUUCACUAUAAGAAUAAACUAUACAGUUCUGCUUCUCAGGCUCUACAGGCUUAUAUAGAUGAUUUUGAUCUGAGCCAACUAAAUCCUGAUGCAAGCACUGGAAAAAUUAGCAUUGAACGUUCUGCUAAUAUGUCAGGAUUCUCAAAUUAUAGUUAUAAAACAAACAAAGCUUUUGAAAAUCCUGAUCACAAACAGCACUCAAAUUCAUUAUCUUAUAGAAGAGAGACUAUUAAUGAUGUAGACUCUGUUAGCCUUACAACUGAUGACCUGUUAAGACUUCCAGCAGAUGGAUCUUUUUCUCUCACUUACGUUAGACCAGGUCAUCGACCAAGCAAGAAAAGCAAGAAAUACAUGGGAAGACCAGGUUCAUUGGAAAGGAAUCCAAAUUUUCAAGAAUCCUCCACUCCCAUGGGCAAGAAUAACUUAGACAGUUCUGUUGUAAACACAAAUGUGAAUGGAAAGCAAUGUGGUAGGCCAAAAAAUCCCAAAAUUUUGAAUAGGACUAAUAAAGUUUUAAUUUCAGAGCCAUCUUUUCCCAAAGAAUCAUCUUUCAAGGACAGUUCAGAGCACAAUCCUGAAAAGAAUUAUCCGAGAUGGCUCACUAGCCAGAAAUCUGACCUUAAUGUUUCUGGGAUAACUAGCAUACCUGAUUCCAAAUAUCCAGUCUGGCUCCACAAUCAAGACUUGCUACCUGAUGCAGAUAGUCAAGAAGUUUAUAGAAUAUUGAAAGAAGAUCAGUGUUCCCCCAGACAUAGCUACCAAGCACAAAGAACUUCUCGGCUUAAAAUGGAUUGUUGUGAAUAUUCUUUUGAGCCCUCAAACUUUUCAAAUUCCUUGAGUGAUGCUAAAGGAUUGCAUAACAAAUACAAAUGUGAUUCUGAACCCAACCAGGCUCAGUGUGAGAAUCCACUUCUCCCAGAACAAUCCGAAAAGCCAUUCAGUGGUGACAAAAUUGAAUUGCUUAUCCUGAAGGCCAAGAGAAAUCUAGAGCAGUGUUCUGAAGAGUCACCCACGCCUAUGAAAAAGGACAACAGUCCCUGUUCAUUGGAUAAACUUGAAGCAGAAAGAUCCUGGGACAAUGUUCCUAUUACUUUCAAAUCUCCUGUUCCUGUUAAUUCUGAUGAUAGUCCUCAAGAAACUUCAAAGGCAAAGAGUGCUAAAGAUUUUCUUGAAGACUUUCUAAAUAAUGAUAAUCAGAGUUCUACCCUUUCUGGUGGCAAACAUCAUGGUCCUGUUGAAGCCUUAAAACAAAUGUUAUUUAAUCUUCAAGCAGUUCAAGAAAGUUUCAGUCAGACGAAAACUACAGAAAGAAAAGAAGAUAUUAAACAAGUUUCAGAAAAUGAUUUCUCCAAAUUACAGUUGAAGGAGAAUAUGAUUCCUAUUACUAGGUCUCUUCAAAAUAAAUUAUUUGAUCCUUUUUGCCCAUGGACAACUCAGCAUUUGAAAUGCAUGAGGAUGGAUCACAGAAAGCUUUGUCUAUUGGGAAGAUGAACACCAUCUCCAGAAUGGAAAAGGAGAGGCAGUGGUCACUGAUGAGCAUUUUCCUGCUGUGUCUCUUGGCCUGUGUCAUCACCACAGCAAUUGGAGUACUGAUUCUCUCCUUGGUUCAUGUUAACAACUCUCAGCCUCACUUAAAUGUUCAUGUGGCAUCUCAAGCCUGGCUUCCUCCAACCACUGCUCACAAAGUACAGAAGAAGGUGGUUGAUCCAAAAUUCCAGUUUCUUAAUCAUUUACCUAAAUCCAAGGUGUUUGAAUUCCCUGGUGGUGAAAUCCAGUGGGCACGGUACAGGAACAAUAUCAAAGACUAUCUUAGUGAAGAAGAGGAGGCCUUUGGCACCAACUUGAACAGUCAGAGAUCACAGAUAACUCUGGGGACCCUGAGAAUAAAAAGCAAAGGACUCCGGGCCCCUCACUGGCACUUCAAUGCCAAUGAACAUGGCUACCUAGUACAGGUA